UGUCCUGAACCCAGGAUGCACAUGAUUGGAGCAGGAAAAGCAGAGGCCAUGUCUGACAUAGAAGAAGUGGUGGAAGAGUGCGCGGAGGAGCAGGAAGAAGAAGCCACGGAAGAAGAGGAAGACUGGAGAGAGGACGAAGACGAGCAGGAAGAGGCCGUGGAAGAAGAGGCCGAAGGGGAGGCUAAGACUGAGGAGGCCGAUGUAGAAGAAGGUGGACAAGAAGAGGAGGCUAAAGAAGCUGAAGAUGGCCCAGUGGAGGAGUCCAAACCUAAGCCCAGGCUGUUCAUGCCCAACUUAGUGCCACCCAAGAUCCCUGAUGGAGAAAGAGUGGACUUUGAUGACAUUUACCGGAAGCGCAUGGAGAAGGACCUGAACGAGCUGCAGACGCUGAUCGAGGCCCACUUUGAGAACCGCAAGAAAGAGGAGGAGGAGCUGGUUUCCCUCAAAGACAGAAUCGAGAAGCGGAGGGCCGAGCGGGCCGAGCAGCAGCGCAUCCGGAAUGAGCGGGAGAAGGAGCGUCAGACGCGCCUGGCGGAGGAGAGGGCCCGCCGGGAGGAGGAGGAGAACAGGAGGAAGGCUGAGGACGAGGCCCGGAAGAAGAAGGCUCUGUCCAACAUGAUGCAUUUUGGAGGCUACAUCCAGAAGACAGAGCGGAAAAGUGGGAAGAGGCAGACAGAGCGGGAAAAGAAGAAGAAGACUCUGGCUGAGAGGAGGAAGGUGCUGGCCAUCGACCACCUCAACGAGGACCAGCUGAGGGAGAAGGCCAAGGAACUGUGGCAGAGCAUCUACAACCUGGAGGCAGAGAAGUUCGACCUGCUGGAGAAGUUCAAGCAGCAGAAAUAUGAAAUCAAUGUUCUCCGAAAUAGGAUCAAUGAUAACCAGAAAGUCUCCAAGACCCGCGGGAAGGCCAAAGUCACUGGGCGCUGGAAGUAGAGGCAGCAGCCUCCCUCACCAAAGAUCUGCUCUUUGCUCUGCCCCUGCCCAGCGUGCCCUGCUCCUGGGCCCUCCUGGGAGCCAGGGGCUGGCCCAGCUGGAGCUGCGACUCUGGCCUGAACCCCCGCACGUCCACACACGCCCGGAAUAAAAGCCAUCACACUCCAA